AAACAGUUGUCAUGUGUUUACCUUUUUAAAAUUAAAAUCACAGAUAACCGAAUUUUACUAUGGAUUCGGAAAUUGCCGGUCCAUCAACCGUUACUUCAGAGCCAUCAACCAGUGGUGCAGAAAUGUUUAAUUUGUCCCCUUCACAAACAGAAAGCCCUGAAGUUUUGCAAAAAAAGUUGUACUUUUUGUUAGAACAAUUACAAAAUAUGGCAAGAGAUUUGCCAGCAAAAUACCAAAUGAGACUGCCCUAUGAACUUCUCACAAGCUUGGCAAAUUGUCUUUUAAACGAAACAGUUUUUGAAAUAGUGAAAGGUCUAUUGGAAAUUCAGAAUGUUACUGAACAACACCUUUAUCAACAGAGGCUUCAGUUUAUCAAUAUGAAAAAGAUGGAGGAACAAGAGAUUUUAAAAACUUUUGAAAAUGAUUCAGAUAGAAAAAUCGAGGAGUUGCAAAAGUUUAUCGUUAAGCAAAAGGAGGAUUUAAAAAAAUUUGACAUGAAUUUGGUUUUGGAACUGGAUCAAAAAGUUUAUGAUCAACAACAAACACUUGAACAAGCUGGUAUUCCUGGAUUUUACAUAACCAAGACACCUAUUGAGAUCAAAUUACAAAUGCAUCUAUUGGAUUUUUUACUACGAAUUAGUCGAAUGACAUUGCCUUCUUAGGAUUAUUAAAUAAGACAAUUGUUUGGAUCUACAUUUUAUUUAAACAAUGGGAUAUGUAUACAUUUCAUUAUGACUAGAAUAGGUAAAUUCACUACUGCAAUUAUUUCUGGAAGUCCAUUACAUAACUUUUAUAUCUAAGUAACUCAUGCAAAAAUGGAUUUUAAAAACUAAGUACCUACAUGCUAAGCAACAUUUUGGUAAAUUUAAAUAUUCACACAACCAAUAGAAUGAUGAUUCACAUGUAUUAUUAAUAUUUUAUUAUUCACUUAUGUCUAAAAACACAGCUAACAUUAUUUAUACAUAAGGGUGAAAUAAUUUAAUGGCAUGAGAAAAAAUUGACUAGAUUCCUGGUGGGGUUCAUUUGUAUAUGACAAAGCUAGGCACUAGCCAAACAAUAAUUAUUAUGGUAUAUCAUGGUAUUUUUGGAUUGAGCCUCAUUACCAAAGUUCAUCUGGUUGAUGUACUUUAAACAAGACUAUCUACAUAAGUUAUGUUAUUGUACUUAAUAAUAAAAGUUAAAUUAUAUCUACAUGGAUUUUUAUAAAAAUAUUCAUAUGGAAGCAUUUUAAAGCCC